UAUCUUUGUGUGGCUCAACAGCUGGGUGGAGUUGCUUUAAAGACAUUUAUUAUCUGUAUUGAUGUCAGUCUGACUGAGAGACCAGCUAGCUGUUCUAUUAAGUGUUUAUUCUCCCCCCGCUGCGGUGCCAUGGACUUUAAUGUGAAGCGGUUAGCUGCAGACGCCGGUACCUUCCUGAGCCGGGCGGUACAAUUUACAGAAGAGAAACUUGGCCAGGCUGAGAAGACAGAGUUGGAUGCUCAUCUGGAGAACCUUCUGGUCAGAGCUGAGACCACCAAGCAAUGGACAGAGAGGAUCAUGAAGCAGACAGAAGUCUUACUACAGCCCAACCCAAAUGUCCGGUUAGAAGAGUUUGUGUACGAGAAACUGGAGAAAAAAGCCCCUACGCGAAUGAACAACCAUGAUCUGCUGGGCCAGUCCAUGAUCGAGUCAGGAAAUGAAUUUGGUCCCGGCACUGCCUAUGGAAAUGCUCUGAUAAAAUGCGGUGAGACGGAGAAGCAGAUCGGCGGGGCGGAACGGGAGUUAAUCCAUAGCGCUGCCAUCAACUUCCUGACACCUUUCAGGAACUUUCUGGAGGGCGACUUCAAAACAAUCCUGAAAGAAAGGAAGCUACUGCAGGUCAAACGUUUGGAUUUGGAUGCAGCCAAAACCAGGCUAAAGAAAGCCAGGAUGUCUGAUGCCAAAGCUGUGGCAGAGCAGGAGCUGAAGAUGACCCAGAGCGAGUUUGACCGGCAGGCAGAGAUCACCCGACUGCUGCUAGAAGGCGUCAGCAGCACCCACGCACACCACCUACGCUGCUUGAAUGACUUUGUGGAGGCCCAGACUACAUACUACGCACAGUGUUACCAGUACAUGGUGGAUCUCCAAAAGCAGCUGGGCAGUUUCCCCUCGUCAUUCUCCAACAACAACCAAUCGUCAGUGUCGGGCGCGGCCAGCAUCUCGGUGCCCACCAUCCCGGUGUCGGCCUCCCUGCCCAGUGUGUCCGCAGGCCACGGCAGCUCGACAGCAUCGGGCGGAUUCAAUGAGUUGCGUAGCUCCAGUGGCAGCCGCAAAGCCAGAGUGCUUUACGACUACGAUGCCGCCAGCAGCAGCGAGCUCUCCCUGCUGGCUGAUGAGGUGAUCGUAGUCAGCAGCGUCCCAGGCAUGGAUUCAGACUGGCUGAUGGGCGAGCGUGGCACCCAGAAGGGCAAAGUGCCGAUCACUUACCUGGAGUUACUUAACUGAGACACCCCUCCCCGCCCCCCCUUUUACCGCCCCGUAACCAGCUGUGAUCUCAUAUUUAUAUUGUGUUGCAGGGACAGGCCUCGCCUUCUCUUCCAUUCAGUCAUUUCAGAAUGAGUUAUAUUUCUAUGAAACGGAGUCUCAGUUUUAGCAGACUCGAGCUGGAAUGAAUACAUUUUGAGUGAAGGGAAAGGAAACGGACUCCCCAAUCCCUGAUUGUGUUUGUAUAAUGUAACUGCAGUACAUUUCUAAAAAGCCUGCUUCCAUGCCUUUUGUGUUUGAUGCCAUGCAAUCUGCAAUAUGUGCCAGAACAUCUCCCAAACUGUAACUUAAAAAAAAAAAAAAAAAGUUUUUGUUUACAUUCUAUAUAUCUCAGAUGGUGACCUAAAUGCUUUUAAUGGGAGGGUUUUAUUUCUCUUCCCUUACUGCAAGUUUUUUCAAGUAGAGAUACACAUUUUUUAAAUACAAAAAUGCACUUCAGUUUGAAGUGGAGUGUGAUGCCAAUUAUUAAGCCUUAUUUUAUAAUUGAUAAUCUUAUGGUGCAGUAGCUGUUAUGAUUAUCCAAAGUAUGAAUCGUUUUUUUUAACAUUAAGUAUUGUGUGUCAGCUUUAUUCACAUGGCGCCAUACUGGACAGCGAGUUUAACCCGUUGUUCCAGUACAUUUAAUUGAUGAGCAAGGCGGAAUAAGAGCAGUUGUAACCUGCUGAUAACCAGGCAGUUGCCAGACAUCAUAAAGUGCCUAUCACAGUGAACCGGCCUUUCUAAAACCAUUUGCCUUGUCUGUAGCUACACCAGCAGUAUUGAGACCAUCAGUUCAGUCUCCUCUCGUAGUAUUGAGCCCCUAAAACUUCUAUUUAAGUUAUUGACAAUUGGAAACCAGCAUUUCCGCGUUUCUGUUGGAAGUUCAUCAAACAGAAGACGGCUGUUAUCUCUGAUUAAAUUAUUAAUUUGUGUAUUCAUAAAUACACAAUUUGUGACACGUUUAUCAUCUUUAAAACGCCUUAAAGUAAAACAUUUUAUUUUACAUUACUAACAUCAGUUUCCCCUAAACAAUCCUGUUGCAUUCUGGGAGAUACAAAUAUAUUAUUACAUGGCUGCUUUUUGUUUUGUGUGUAACUGAUAAUAUAGCAUACAUUUGUAAAAAUAAGUAUACAACAUGAUGCAUUAAAAUAAGAAAAUAUCA